GAACCGGCGGCUGGGGCUGGGGAGUUAGCGACGGCUGAGUGCGGGCGGCUGGGUGUGUGGGGUCGGCGGGCACGUGCGCGCGCCGGCAGCCGAGGUCCCGCGGGAAGUAGCGGAGCUCCCGACGCCGAACCGCACGCGCAGCCCGGCUGUCGGCGGCGCGCGCGAGGGCGAGGGGGUGGUGCGUGCGUGUGUGCGCGUGAGUGAGUGUGUGCGCGUGAGUGAGUGUGUGCGCGUGAGUGUGUGUGUGUGCGUGUAUUUAUGUGUGUGUGCAGCUCGGGUGCGGAGCUCGAGUCGUCAGUCCCCCGUGCGAGUCCCCGCCGUCUUCUCCAUCCUCCCUGCGUCCCCGCCACCCCUUGGUCGCAUCCAGAGGGAGAGCCUGGAAGAGGUGGGGGUGGGGGUGGGGCGCGCGGGGUGGCACGAGACAAAAGGGUCGCGGGGUCAGCCUGCCAUGGCUUCCCGGAGCCUGGGGGGCCUGAGCGGGAGCCGUGGCGGGGGCGGCGGCGGCAAGAAGAGCCUGAGCGCCCGCAAUGCUGCGGUGGAGAGGAGGAACCUGAUCACCGUGUGCAGGUUUUCUGUAAAGACCCUGAUUGAUCGGUCCUGCUUUGAGACAAUUGAUGAUUCUUCUCCUGAAUUUAAUAAUUUUGCAGCUAUUUUGGAACAGAUUCUAAGUCACCGGCUAAAAGAGAUUUCCCAAAGUUGCAGAUGGCUGGCUCAUCUCCAAAUACCUCUUCAAGGUCAAGUAACCUGGUUUGGUUAUGAAAGUCCUCGUAGCUUCUGGGACUAUAUCAGAGUGGCUUGCCGGAGAGUUUCACAGAAUUGUAUCUGCAGCAUUGAAAAUAUGGAAAAUGUCAGUUCCUCUAGAGCUAAGGGUAGAGCCUGGAUCAGAGUUGCACUCAUGGAAAAACAUUUAUCUGAAUACAUCUCUACAGCUCUGAGAGACUUCAAAACAACCAGAAGAUUUUAUGAAGAUGGAGCAAUUGUCUUGGGUGAGGAAGCAAAUAUGCUUGCUGGCAUGCUGCUUGGGCUCAAUGCUAUUGAUUUCAGCUUCUGCCUAAAGGGAGAGGGACUGGAUGGCUGCUUUCCUGCUGUAAUAGACUACACACCAUAUUUGAAGUUUACCCAAAGCUCUGACAGUAUCAGCAGUGAUGAGGAGGAACUGAGGACGCUGGGAAGCAGUGGCAGUGAGAGCAGCUCUCCUGAGAACGUGGGGCCUCCUUUCAUCAUGGACGAGAAUACGUGGUUCAACAAGUGUAAGCGAGUCAAACAGAAGUAUCAGCUCACCCUGGAACAGAAGGCUUAUCUUGAAGAACUCUUACGACUUCGAGAGAACCAGCUGUCUGAAUCUGUCUCCCAGAAUAAAAUACUACUACAAAGGAUUGAAGAUUCUGAUCUGGCCCAUAAAUUGGAAAAGGAACAAUUAGAAUAUAUAAUUGUGGAGCUGCAAGAUCAGUUGACUGUGCUAAAGAAUAAUGAUUUAAGAUCAAGACAAGAGUUAACUGCCCACCUCACCAACCAGUGGCCUUCCCCAGGAGCUCUGGAUGUCAAUGCUGUUGCCUUGGAUACGUUGCUUUACCGAAAACACAAUAAACAGUGGUAUGAAAAAAGUUAUCAAAAUCUUGACCAGUUUUCAGCUGAAGUUAGCCUUUCUCAGACUUCCCUGGACCCAGGUCAGUCACAAGACGAUGGAAAACAAGACACGUUAAAUUCAAUCAGCGAAGGUAAAGAAGACACUCCCUCCUUACUUGGUCUCUGUGGGUCUCUAACAUCAGUGGCAAGUUACAAAUCUCUAACUAGCCUCAAAUCCAAUGACUGUCUUGCAAGUCCUACAGCAGAGAUGACAAGUCCAGGCCUAACUCCAUCCUGAAAAAUUUAAUGUAAAAGCCAAAAGAUUUUAUGUUGCAGAAGUUCUAUUACAUAAGUUUGACUGCUGGGAAAACCUUUGGAAUUUUAUAUUGUUCUGGUACAUAUGUGGAGUCCUGUUGCUUCGAGUUCAAUCUACUCCAUGUAAACUGAAUGGAAAAAAAAAGAUCUUGCCAUUGUUUUCAUUAAAAAAUUCUUAUAUUUGUCACUGAGAAAGUUUAAAAUGAAUAGGCCUAACAUUUUUUUCAAAGAUCCUCGAAAUUAAUAAUCAUUUGCAAAUUGUACAUACUUAUUCAGUCAAUUUUCAUAUAUUUAAAUGUAUCAUAAUUGCCAGAGACUGAGUUCAAGGUUUUAUUCCAGAGACUUAGGCAAGUAUUUUCUUUCCUUUUUAAUUCAAUGAUUCAAAUUUCUAAAAAUGACUUAAUUUCACUUUUCAUUAAUUUCUCCCUGUGUUCUCAUGUUAAAAGCCUUGUUUUUAAUAUGAGGAGAAUGUUUUCAGCUGCAGUUUGACAGUGGCUUAUUCAGUUUUUCUUUAACAGUCAUCAUUCGAUAUCAACUUAGCAUUCCACUUAACAUUUUAUAUAUUUUGUAGGAAUGUGCCUUUAGGCAGUUACUAAAUUAGUUAGGGUCAUAGGGAGAGUAUUUUACAGUAUUUUAGACCAUUUAGGUAAAAUGAAUAAAAUUUCUUAUCUUUGUUUCUCCAAAAUUUUCUUAAAAGGUCAUCAAUUAAAAAAACCUGACCGAAUAUGCAUCCAAAAUUAAACAUUAAAAAAGUGUAGAGCAGAUGUUGAAAAAAAUAUUUGAUCAGGGAAGAUUUCAAGUUCAAUCAAGUAUCUGAGAGGCUUUUAAAUUAGUAUCAGUAGGUAAUCACCAUACUUAAUGUCCGGCAUACAGUGCUGUUUUCUAUCCCUUAGGGGCUGCAGUGAAGUCUCAUGUAUGUUUUAUAGUUUCUAUUAUUAAUCACGCCACAAUCUCAUUUUAAAGUCAAUAUUAAAAAUCCCUGCACUUCUACAGGUUAAAAAAAAAG